AUGGCUAGGAACGGUAUAAGUGAGGCUGGUCCUCGCGUUACCUACGGAGCUCCCGCGACCUGGCACAGCCAACUACCCGCCGAGGAGGAUGAAUCUGAAUGGGAAUAUGAAUAUUCCCAAACUGAAACUGAGAGUUUCUAUGUCACUCUAGAUCUUUCUCAAGCAGACUUCACUAGCCGUGAUGCCAGUGUUGUUAACAGGCCGGGCUAUCGAGGUGGCGAGAAAGCUGAAAGGGCGAAAUUAUACUUGAACAGGCGGAUGAGUCCGAGUAACGGUAUCGAUAAUAGCGACGAUGAGAGAGAUCUAUCUCGAAAUUCAAAGCCGAAAGAGUCUCAAAUUGCUGACGAUGGAGAUGACCAUGAAGUUCAGAUCUUGGACCUCGAAACUACUAAUCCGAUUAUUUCGUAUAAAGGACGUGUUUAUUCAGGCCAAUGGAACCAGAACGUCGGUACCGAACUCCUUAUGGUAAAACGUGACAACGAUAACCCUCUUCCGGCUCUCCGACAGCUGGAUCAUGAUGUGGAUCUCUUGGCCGCUAGCUGCGCAAGAAUCAACGUCAAGGAGAAACAGCUUAAGCCCAAGGACACCACUCUAAAACGACAGCGCGAUGCGAUUGCGUCCAAAGAGCGGCAAACCUCUCAACCUGCCGUCCCUCCCGCCGAAAAGUGGGCGGGUCAAGAGAGAGUCGCCCAGGGCAAUUUUCUCGAGAAGCUCAUCGCGCUCAAGAAAAAGUUGGGUGAGACGGACGAAGUCACUGUAAUUGCUAAGAGCAUGGAAGUGAGAGCCCAGCACAACCGAAGCAGGAAACUCAAGCAAGGCCACCGAGGCAAAUUUAAUCUUCCUCAUACUAGGGGCCCGAGGAGAAUGAGGGUGAGGGACGCUGGUAUUCUAAGAACGCUAUCGAUUCGCGAGGGGUCAGCUGCAACUGCAACUGCAACUUCACCUUCGCCAAGCGUUGCUGAUACUAUGGUUUCUACGCCUACACCGCAUCAUUGGGAUGAAUUGGAAGAAGGGGAGCAGGGAGAUGAGAAUGAGGUGAUAGAUGAGAAUGGAGAUGAUGAAGAGAUGGAUAGGGUCGAGUAUUAUGGAUCUGGAGGAGAGGGCGAUGAGAAUGAGGACGUGGACAUGGAUGAAAUCUAA